AUGUCAGUCUCAAGAUACCUGUUAGCCGGACCAUUCUAUCAGAACUUCCAGCAAAGGGAUUUAAUACAAGAAGCAAGGCCUUCGCAUGAGGAUCAGGAGGCCGAAAUGCGACCAAAACCAUCGAAUUCCCUCAAUUCACCUGUAAGUGUUCCAUGUGUGUUUUCCUUCUUAAGCGACACUAGCACAUGCAAGCUUGAGCGUUGGGAGCAGCAAAGCCAAGAAGAUAUGGACAUUAUUUAUGUGUGGCUUCAGAGAAAUUAA